AUGGCAGAACCUAAACGAGAAGAAAAAUUAACCGUCUUACCUAUAACACCGAAUUCAGAAUUACAACAUAGACCUUUUCCAAAAACUGCAGCCUGUUUAGUGAUUGGUGAUGAAAUUCUCAAUGGAAAAACUGUAGAUACUAACUCUGGAUUCUUUGCUAAAUAUUGUUUCAACCUUGGGAUUGAUUUGAAAAGAAUUGAAGUCAUUCCAGAUGAGGAAGAA